CCCAUCGUACGCUGCACCACGCCUCCAGCACAGACUCCACCCCGAUCCGAUGGCGAUCAAAUACACUACAUACGACCUCUCUCUACCCUACCAAGACCAAGACCAAGACCAGAACCAAAACAAAAAGCAGCAGCAUCCAUCCGAUCGGGGCAGCCGGGAAACACAGAAGAAAGAAAGAAAUUCCCCAAUCCCAUUCCCAAAAUCCCGUCUACUAACUCUAAUCUAAUCUUUUAAGUUUUCUGUUUUUCCUUUCCGUCGCCCCAGCAGCAGUAAUGAGGACGAGGCAGCGGCAGAGAAAACGAAAAGCGCCAAGAGAACAACAACAACAACAUCAACGCACCAGGCGGCCGCAGCAUCAUCAUCGACGGAGGAAGCGCGGGCAGAUUAGAUGCGCGAGCAAAGCACAAAAUAAUCCAUCCAUCGCAUCCCAAAGGGAAGGCAAGGGAUAGAGAAAGAAAAAGUCCCCACUGCCCGCCCGAGCCGUCAAAAUCCAAUCUUUGACGGGGGACGCCUCGCCCUCCCCUACUGUUCUCCCCUCCGGUUUGUUUUGUUCGCGGCUCCGCGAUAAUUAUUAUUGUCAGGCAGGGAGGCAGCCCCUGGUUGGUGGUUGCUGCUAAUCAGGCUGCCGCCGCUGCCUAAUCCGCGAAUCCCCGCGUGAUUCUCGUCCCAGUUUGGUCGGCUUCUUUCUUUCUUUCUUUCUUUCUUUCUUUCUUGGAGGUUCCUUGGAUUCAUCCGUUCAUCGGGCGGGCGCGCGGGCUCGAUCGGGAUGGGCGGGGGCUGCUGCGGCUGCUGGGUUGGGCUCGCGUCCAAUUCCCCACCACCACCACCGCCACAAGUACGCCUCUUUUUUAUUGUUCCAGGAGUGGGAUUUGCCUUUGCGCUGUGAGAGAGAGGGAGCUAUUUCCGCGAUUCCCAUUAGGGCUCCUCCCUCUUCGUCUCCUCCCCCACGCUUUACUCUUUCGUUAUCCUCCUUUGCGCCCCCCGAAUCCAAUCCUCCCCCCUCCGCCGCCCCCCGUCCGGAUCCGGGGUUCGCCCUCGAUUUCGCCCCGCCGGCCCCCGAUUCGGCCGCCGAAAUCCGUCCCCAGGGUUCCAUGAAGUGACGCCCCCCGGAGGUGAAUUUCUGGGUCUUGCUGAGAGUUUUUGCUUGCGGCCAUGUCGCAAAUCCAGAGCUUGUCACGGAGCUGCGUGCUACUUGCGGUGCUCUGCGGCAAGCACGCCGAUAAGCAGCAGCAGCGUGCGCCGCCGGGGAGGUCGGGGCCGGAGGCGAAGCGGCUGCGGCCGUCCUAUCCGUUUCCUGAGCUCAGCUCAGCGGGGAGGUUGGAGGUGCACACGCUGGUCAAUCCAACGCCGGAGCAGUUCCUCGAGGCGCAGCGGCUGGUGCAACCCAACUUCUUCUACAUCCAGGGCCAGCAGCUGGAAGAUGAGGAGAUUGGUUCGCUCGUCUGGGGGGAUGCCGACAUGUCUGACCCGCAGUCGUUUGUCUGUCUCAUCAGCCCGCCGUUCCCAACGAUUGUUUAUCUGGAGGUUCCUAUUGGUGAAAAACUUGCCCAAGCAGUUCACUCAAAGGGUAUUCCAUAUGUAAUAUACUGGAGAAAUUCAUUUUCAUCUUAUGCAGCAUCCCAUUUUCGCAAUGCAUUGUUGUCGGUAGUUCAAAGUUCGGUGAGCCAUACAUGGGAUUCCUUUCAGCUUGCUCAUGCAUCCUUUCGACUAUACUGUGUAAGAAACAACCAUGUUCAAAGUGUUAAACUCGGCCCUCGUCUGCUUGGUGAUGCUCCAAAGGUAAAUGUAGUCACUCCCGAGAAUGAAAUGGCUGAGGAAGAAGGUUCUUCUUCUGAAGUGUCCCCAGCUAUAAAAAUAUAUGAUGAUGACAUCAACAUGAAAUUUCUUCUCUGCGGAGUACCAAGUGCGCUGGUAAGCUUCGAUAUAUUAGACGACUCUUGUUUGCUGGGCUCAUUAGAAGAUGGUCUGAAUGCUCUUCUAAAUAUCGAAAUUCGUGGGAGUAAACUUCAGAACCGAAUCAGUGCUUCUCCACCACCUCUUGAAGCAGCGUCUGUACCACGUGGAAUGGUUACAAUGCGUUGUGAUAUGACAACUUGCAGUUCUUCUCAUGUGUCACUUCUUGUUUCUGGGAGUGCACAAACUUGUUUUGAUGAUCAGCUUCUAGAAAGCCACAUAAAAAAUGAACUCAUCGAGAAGAGCCAGCUAGUCCGUGCUCUACCAAACAGCGAGGAUAAGCUCUCAUCGACCGAGCCUUUCACUUCUAUGUCCACAGCUUGUGGUGCUUCUACCUUUGAAGUCUGGAUGACCCUUCCUAAGUGGGCAGCACAGGUUUUGAAGCAUCUAGCACCAGAAAUUUCAUACAGGAGCCUAGUUGCACUUGGAGUUGGCUGCGUAAAUGCUACUCCUGUUGCUUCAUUCGAGAGGCAAGAUGCAGACCGCCUUCUUUUCUUCUGCACCGGUCAAAGGAAAGAUUCAGCUGGUGAAGGUGGCCCAUAUUUUCAUCUGCCAAGAUGGUCAGCCUCCCUUACCAAGGACAGAGCAAAGACGGGUUCAGAAUCAAAAUCAAAUUUGUUAGUUGUGAAUGGAACUUCAGAGGACAGGAAAGCUCCAGUUGAAGGGCCUUCCUCGCUGACAUCCUUCAAGGGAAAAUUGAAGCCUGCAACUAUGAGGCCUAUUCCUCACUCUCGACAGCAGCAAAUGCAUCCUUUUAUGGGUUUCCCUGAAGCUAACGUUCACGAAACUAGUCAGGCCAAGCCAAACUUGCCAGUUGCUCCACCUGUUAAGCAUCAUAAUUCAGCACCUGCUUCUACAACAGCGCAUAGGAAAUCUACUUCAGGGCCAUCUCAUGCUCAAUCGAUCAUUCAGCUGAAUCCACUUCCCAUGAAGAAACAUGGGUGUGAUCGGUUGCCUAUCCAAGUGUGCUCCGAGGAGGACUUUCUGAAGGAUGUCAUGCAAUUUUUAAUUCAGAGGGGCCACCAUCGACUCGUUCCUCAUGGAGGUCUAGCUGAAUUUCCUGAUGCAGUCCUUAAUGCAAAGCGCCUUGAUCUCUAUAACUUGUACAAAGAGGUGGUGUCCAGGGGUGGCUUUUAUGUGGGCAAUGGUAUAAACUGGAAGGGUCAAGUCUUUUCGAAGAUGCGAAACCACACCGUAACAAAUAGAAUGACUGGUGUCGGGAACACACUGAAAAGACACUACGAGACUUACUUGCUGGAAUAUGAGCUAUCACAUGACGACGUGGAUGGGGAAUGCUGUUUGCUUUGUCACAGUAGCGCUCCUGGAGAUUGGGUGAACUGUGGUUUAUGCGGCGAAUGGGCUCAUUUCGGUUGUGAUAGACGGCAAGGGCUGGGCACUUUCAAGGAUUACGCGAAGACAGACGGGUUGGAAUACAUCUGCCCGCAUUGUAGUAUAGCGAAUUACAAGAAGAAGCCUCCGCCGCCCCAGAAAGUAGCCAACGGGUUUGCGAAUACCGUGCUGCCUGUAUCACGGAAUGUUUAAUCCUCUUCUUUUCUUGCUUUUCCUUUUUUUCGCCUCUCUGCCCUAGGUUUCGGGGUGAUGCGUCGGUGGUAGGGUAUAGGCCUGAUAGAGGGGGGAGGCUUUUGUAGUGUUGAUCUGUAUUAUCCCAUUAAUUUGGUUCAGUGUAGGAGCUCAAGUCUUUUAUAGCCUGUAACAACCGACAACACAGGGAGGCUACUUACUGCAGUAGUUGGCCAGAUUCAGUGUAAGCACCUGUUGAUAUAAGUUAAUCUGUAUCCCCGGUUCCAGCCACCA